AUGGCGCGGGUGAUUCCCUUACAGCAGGUGGACCAGCGCUACGUCUCCCCGGGACGCCCCACCCCGCUGCUGCGCCACGCCACGCCCACCGCGUCGCCCUGGGGCGCGCGCAGCGUCACGCCGACGCAGUCGCCGGUGGUGCGGCGCGCCGCGACGCCGGUGACGACGCCGGGACAGCUGCCGGUCUACGGACAGCUGCCGGCCUUCCCCAGCUACACCGCUGCCGUGGGUGUCCCGGCCGCCCCCGUCGCCGGGCUCAGCACUUGGAGCGCGCGGCCGGCGCCCCUGGAGUUGGCGGUGGGCAUCGUGGUGCGAAUCGGCGCAGUGCAGUGCAUGAUCUCCGAGCCCUUGGGCAUGGGUUCCUUUGGCGUGGUCUGGGCGGCCAAGACCUCUGCAGCACCACAGGAGGUGGCGGUGAAGGAGAUGAUUUGCAACAGCGACACCGAGCUCGGCCGAGCGGAGUAUGAGAUCAAGCUGCUGAAGAUGCUGUCAGACCUGGUGCCCUUGCCGUUGCGCAUUCCCAGCUUCAUGUCCUCCGAGCUGGAUGGCCGACGGGUGCGCUUGGCCAUGAGUCGAUUGCCCGGACAUCCGUUGGACCGGCUCUUCGACGAGGUGGAGUUUGGGGGGGGGUUGAUGUUGGAAAACCACACGCUUCGUCGAUACAAAUCGGAAGGCUCUUCAAGAUGUCAACGGACAGCUGGCAGGACUGGUGGAUGA